GCCGCCGCCGCCGCCGGGGGAGCAGCCGGCGACUGAAGGACUGCAGCUGCUGGGCUCAGGGAGAGCUUUGCUAUGAUUGCAGCACCGGCUGUCUCUACCCACUCCCCGGCCACCUCCCUGCCCAGUAAAGCCGGGGUCUCCUCUCUCCGCUAUAUGCCCCCAGCCCGGGAGCAGCAUGGGGAGCGUCAGUAGCCUCAUCUCCGGCCACAACUUCCACAGCAAGCACUGCCGAGCCUCCCAGUACAAACUCCGCAAGUCGUCCCACCUGAAAAAGCUGAACAGGUACUCAGAUGGGCUGCUUCGCUUCGGCUUCUCCCAGGACUCCAGCCACAAGUCCAGCUCCAAAAGCAGCAAGAAUGAGGACUUCUUUUAUAUCAAGGUCAGCCAGAAAACGCAUGGCUCCCACCGGGCAGACUACACAUCACUUUCCAGCGGGGAGCUGGGCAGCCAAGCUGGAACGAGCAGCAUGGACUUUGGGACACCCACACCUCAGAAACUGAUGCCCUUUUCCAAUCAGCUGGAACUGGGCACAGAGAAGGCUGCUGUGAGAGCAACAGCCUUCAAACCAGUGCUGCCGCGGUCUGGUGCCAUCCUCCACUCCUCCCCAGAGAACGGCAGUCACAUCUCCCAGCAGCUGCACCCUCCAGACAAAGCCAAGGACCAAGAGCUCAAGCCCGUGCUGUGCUCUGGUGGGCUGUCCGACUCCGGCAGGAACUCCAUGUCCAGCCUCCCGACCCACAGCACCAGCAGCAGCUACCAGCUUGAUCCACUGGUCACCCCCGUGGGACCUAUUAGCCGCUUUGGGGGCUCAGCCCACAACAUCACACAGUGUGCUGUCAUCCAAGAUAGCAACAUGAUGAGCCUCAAAGCAAUGUCCUUCUCCGACGGGGGCAACAAGAUCAUCAACCCUGGCAAAGCCCACCAUGCCUCUGAGAAGACCACUUGCAUCCGUUCACCCAUCUCCACAGAUGAGUCCACGAUCCAGGAGUUGGAGCAAAAGCUGUUAGAGCGGGAGGGAGAGCUGCAGGAGCUUCAGUUGAGUUUUGAGGAGAAGGAAGUCAGCUCCUGUCAGGUUUAUGAAGAGAAGCAGAGGCGCUGCAAGGAAGAGCUGGAGGGCCUCAAGCAGAAAUGCAACAGUAAGCUCAAGCAAACCUCACAGAAAACCCAGCGGACACAGCAAGUCCUUCACCUCCAGGUAUUCCAGCUGCAGCAGGAGAAAAAACAGCUCCGGGAGGAGCUGGAGAACCUCAUGAAAGAGCAAAACCUGCUGGAGACCAAGCUGAGGUCGUAUGAGAAGGAGAAGACCAGCUUUGCCCCAGCACUGGAGGAGACUCAGUGGGAGGUGUGCCAGAAGUCUGGGGAAAUCUCUCUCUUGAAGCAGCAGCUGAAGGAAUCCCAGACUGAGCUCAACACCAAGACCACUGAGAUCCUCAGCCUGAAAGCUCAGCUGAAAGAGGUGAGGGCAAAGAUGGAAGGGCUAGAGAUGAAAACUCGGGACCUGGAGGACUCUCUGCGCACCAAAGACAUGGAGCUGGAGGUGUGUGAAAAUGAGCUCCAGCGUAAGAAAAAUGAGUCCGAACUCCUGAGAGAGAAGGUAAACCUGUUGGAGCAAGAGAUCGUGGACCUCCGAACAGAGCUCACCAUCCUCAAGGAGCAGCUGAGUGAAGGCCGGGAUGGGGCUAGGUCUGCCUCCAGCUCUGCCCUGGGGAUGAUGGAUGAUGCACAGGCCCUGCAGGGAGAGGUGGAGAGGCUGAAAGCAGAGUUGCAGGCUGAGAGGGAUAACAACGAGCAGAUGACCUGUAGCUUCCAGCACGAACGGCAGACAUGGAAGGAAGAAAAGGAAAAGGUGAUUCAUUACCAGAAGCAGCUGCAACAGAGCUACCUGCACAUGUACAAAAGGAACCAGAACCUGGAGAAGAUGCUCCAGCAGCUCGCCUCAGGGGAAGAUGGCAAGGAGCCCAUUGAGUUGGAUAUACCCGGUACUGAUGUCCCCUAUGAAGACAUCAUUGCCACAGAGAUCUGACCCAGGCCUUCCCUCUCCUCUUUGAGGUGGAUGUCUCUUCCAGGCAAGAAGUACUUCCUUGCAGCUCAGUUCAUACUGAGUGCAGCUUGUACAGUUCAGAUGAGCCAUGUAUUUAUUAGCUGAGCUGAUUGCCUGGGCAGCUCGUGAGCCCUUCUCCCAUCCCAGUGUUGCACCAUGACGGUGCCCUACGCUGCCUGUCGUGUUACAGAGAUGAACAAGCAAUUUGUGCCAAUGGUGAUGUGCCCAGCAUCUGCCCCUUGUGUCCGAUGCAUCCUCAGCAGAUGCCUUCUGCUCAUUUGUAGGAUUGAGAAGCUGGAGACAGAGGCAAUAAGGGAACAGGACUUUAGCAAAAAAUUUUCCUAUCAGGUAACAAGAUGAUGCAAAACUCCCAAGGGCGAACUCUCCCCACAGAGCGAACACCAGAGCAAUGAACGUUGGUUCAGAUGGAACCUGUGAGUAGCACAGCUCUGGGAAUGGGGAUGCCACAGCCCUUCCUACCUUGUUCAAGAGGAAAUAACCAAAACCACAUUUCCACCGCUGGUCCCUGGCCCACAACCUGGAGAAAGCACUAAGCUGCUCUGACAUUUACUUUUCUCCAGCUGAUUCUGAUUUCCAGAGAGCAAUGGUAGCCAAGGAGCCAGCCCAUAAGGACCAAGAGGAUUUGUAUCACGCCAUUGGUCCAGGCAGUAAAUCCUGCUCUGCUUCUUCAUUCCUUCAGCUAUCCUAGAGUGCCUCAGGAAUGACCCUACACACACAUGUGCAACACACAUGCACAUAAACACACACACACACACACACACACACACACUAAUUCAAGCCUACGGAGAGGUAGCAACCUUAGAUUUGUAGGGUUGACUCUCAGCUUUUUUCCCCCUCAAUGCACACCACUGGAAAGCACCAUCUUCUAAAAGGACUAGUGACUAUAAAAGCUCACCCCAAGACACUUUCAAAGAGGCCUGGGUUUCCAAAAAGUGCCUCUUGGGAAACAAACUCCUUUCAACUUCAUGAAGUUGAACAGCAAGAAUGUAAGCAGCCAGAAAUCAGCAUUUUUUUCCCUUAGAAAAUAACAAAUUAAUUGCUUCCCACCUUCUCCCUAUCUUUUGGGAUUUAGAGCAACCAAAAAUGUAGGAUCUUUUCAGUUAUCACAACAGUAACUCCUGCCCCAGGCUGAGCCAGCAUCUGGCAGCAAGCUCCUAUCUCGUUACUGCAAAUACCACAUCGUAACUGCCUUUCAUCAAUGAUCACAGCCCAUGUUGAAUCCAAGCAGGUUUCCUGCCCUCAUCUACAGCUGCACCUGCACUUCCCUCCUGCAAGGCCAGGGAUCUUCUGUUAAUUUGCACCGUAAAGCAUAUCCAUGUUGAGCCAUCGCUCCUGUCUCUGAAGGACAAGCACUUAACAUCCCUAUUCUCCAGCUGCUAAACAGGUAACUGGAUUUAAGGAUUAACAGAAAUUUUCAAACUGCAGCCAGCCCUGAAGAAUCGAGAGUGAAAUCAAUUUUACUUACCCCAAGAAGGGACUUGGCCCAAUGCACAUGCAGAAGGCAAUGACCCCACAACGUUCUCUCGUUUUCUUGCUGUGACUGACUCCCUCCCACUUUCUUCCCCAUCAAACUGGCUGCCUUAUUUCCUCCCAUGCCAUUAAGUCUGCGGGUUUCUGCCGCAGCUGCUAACAAGAGCUGGUAAGAGAAAAUGCUCUCACUUUGUUUUCUACUCUUACUCUUAAAAAAUUUUCCUCUUGCCUUCAGCAAGUGAAUGAAAAGGCUCCACCACAGCAGUGGGCCCCAGCAGAGUCUCUGCACUUGCCGAGGGGCCCUGGGAGCAGCCCCCUUCCCGUACCCCCGCAGCCCAGCACAGGCUGACAGCCGGGAGGGAAGUCACCCGCCACACACCUCCAGCAGAUGCCAGACACCCCGCAAGUCAGCUGCUGAUGUACGAUAACUGAUGUCUGGAGGGCCAAGCUUGGCAGGGUGGAGGUUUCUAGCUGGGACCACUUUGUGCCAGUACAAUGGUAUUUUUACUGCAAUAUGUUUAUUCAUCCACUAGCAAGCUGGGCAGAAGCCCACAAAGCCCUCUCCACCUUGGUUGUUGGGGAGCGUCACAUUCCCAUCCCUGUUUUCCCCAUCAAUUUGGCCAAGGGGUCCAAGCCAGGCUGCCUUUGUGCUACCAACCUCCCCCCCAGCCAGCAGACUCUCAGCAAAAGGAUUUCAUAUCCCUUGCCCCACUCUAGCCUGACAAACACAAAACUUGGAAACCAGUCUGUGCCUUCUAUAUCUCCUCCCACAAGUAAUCCCGAGCCACGUGCCACCCCACAAGUGAUCCCUGUCUGGUCAUCCCAUGCUGGACACGCAGCACAUGCCCAGCCUGAGCCAUCAUCUGCUGGAGAAAAGCAAACCUCCAGUCUGGGUUUCAGCCCUGAGGCUCUAGAUCAGGGCUAGGUCAGGUCCCUUUUCCUGCAAGCCACAAGGUAGGGGAGCAGUCCCAGCCUUUACCCAAACCUGCUGAAAGGAUAAUUUAGGAGGACCAAAAGAUCAGAGGCAAAAAGAGGACGAAAGACAGCUAUCCAGAGCCCAAAGGAAACUCUGCAUCCAACUCAGCUCUUGAGAGGCCAGAAGGGAUUUUGUGCAUCAUCCAAGCCACUUCUCUGAGUGGCUUUGUAUCCCCCUCCACAUCCUGUGUUCAAGUCAGGGCACAGUUAUUGGAAACUCUUCAGUGUCAAAUAAGUGAGAGGCGCAGAAGGGAGCAGAGCUCUUCCCAACUGCCCUCUUUUAAUAGCUCCUCAGAAGGCAUUGGCCUUCCCAGGCUUUCCAGCCCUGUUCCUGCCUUGCUCCUGAAGUCAAUGGACUCCACUCCCAUUGACUUUGAGGGCACCCUGUCCGAUUUCCUCGUACACCAGCCCCGUAUCCUCACCAACAAGCGCUGUACCAUGUGAUCGACUGGAGACAUUGACUUGCUGCCUUUGCACAACGCUGUGUUUGACCGUAUGCAUUGCAGAUGUGUCAUUCCUUGGUGUGACUAACGGCUGUCCUGCCCCACUCCAGGAGAGGCCAGGGUUCAGUCUGUAUAUAUAAUUAUUUUUCUGCAGGUUUUUUGGAUGUUACUUCUGGUGACUGAUGUAAAC